GCUGUCAGCUGACAGUGAAUAUCGCUGUGACGUUUAUAUAAGCAGAAAAAAUUAGGAGGAAAAACACAAAAUCACUAUCUUCUCUCUGAGACUGUUUUUUGUGGAAUGUCUAGCAGUAAUUAACAAUGGAGGAGAUCCUGAAUGAGAUUGUGCCCCCAGCGGAGUUGGAGAAAUUCGAGAAGAAGUACCAUCAGGAAUUGGAGCAGCAGAAUGUCACCCACAAGACACAGUUCGAGUACGCGUGGUGUUUGGUGAGGAGCAACUAUGCGGCGGAUAUCAAGAAGGGAAUUGUCCUGCUGGAGGAUUUGGCCACGAGGCAUGCGGAGGGGAAGCGCGAUUACAUCUACUACCUGGCCAUCGGACACACGCGCAUCAAGGAGUACACGGUGGCUCUCAAGUACGUGCGCAGCUUCCUGCAGAUUGAGCCCAACAACCAGCAAGUGAUCAACCUGGAGCAGAUCAUCAAGAAGAAGAUGGAGCGCGAUGGUCUGAUUGGCGUGGCAGUAGCGGGCGGAGCUGCUCUGGUGGUUGGUGGGCUUCUGGGCCUAGGAUUCGCCCUAGCCAAGAAAUGACACACAGCGAAUAUUCCAAAGAAGUGAUCACAUUGUGAGAUUGUGGAUGUUUUUUGUCGAGAAGUCUGCGAGUAAAUUGGGAAGAAUAUGUGAAUA